GUCUUUGCAAUUGAUAUUUACCAAAGCAUUCUUUAGCAAUCUGCAAUGGUUCUUUAGCCAUUCGCAAAAGAGGAUUUGAUUGAAUGAUCAGUAUUGGACAGACAGAUGAGCAAUUUCUCAAUUCUUAGUCCAUUAGCUUUCAAACCCAAAUUCCUGCAGCCCGGCCCAAUCCUUCUCAACUCGGCUUUCUAGCCCAAAGUCCAACAACCCGGCCCAAUGCUUUGCACUCUCUGUGCGAAAUUCUGAUCUGAUCUUCCAAGCGUGGAUCCAGAAUCAAGCAUCCUGAAAUUGGGAAUUCUACAGAGGUGAUUAUUUGAGAUUACAGAAAAAUGGAUGCAAAAGCAUUGGCAAAGUCGAAGAGAGCUCAUUCAUUACAUCUAAAUAAGAAGCAUAAUCCACAUCAUGCAUCCAAGGGUUCUUCCGCUGCUGGUUCUGGCACUUCUACUACCGGUGAUAAGAAGCCUGUUGGCAAGCAAGUGAAGGAAAAACCUAAAUCAAAGCUCCCUUCGAAUUGGGAUCGGUAUGAAGAAGAAUACGCUUCUGAUUCUGAAACUGCACCUCAGGAAGCUGCAAAUAAGGCAAGUGAUGUGGUCGUGCCGAAAAGUAAUGGAGCAGAUUAUGCGUAUUUGCUUUCCGAGGCUCAGGCUCAGGCUCAGUUUCAAUAUUCUUCAGAGAGUAUUCCUUUAUAUGAUGAUCGUUUAGAUGAUUUUUAUCAGGGGUUUGGUGCAUUACUCUCUGUCAAAGGGCAAAGCAAGUUAUCAUGGAUAGCAGAAGACAAUUUUGCAAUGGAAGAUAAGGCACCUCCUCCGACUAAGGCAUCAUUUCUUUCACUUGACCUGCAUGCUCUUUCAGAGCAGCUUGAAAGAGCAAGUCUAUCAGAGAGGCUUUUCAUUGAACCAGAUCUUCUUCCUUUGGAACCAUGCACCGAGGCGUCGCAAGCAGCAGCUGAAGAGAAACGUCAAGGGGGUCUAUCUUCAAGCAAGAGUUCAACCGCGGAAAAAGUUUCCAAUUCAUUGACCUGCACUAGUGUCUAUGAAGGCAACAAAAACAGACAUCAGCAUUCUGAAUUCUCGCAUCUGGGCAUCACAACCAGCUGCAGUUGGCAUCCAACUUCAGCUGAUGAGCCCUCUAACCCUUUGAGUGCUUAUGGGGACGAGGCUGGGAAAUCUGAAGGAGCUGGAAUAAAUGACUCACUACUGUGUGCUUCAGAAUUAAACACGAGUUCUGUUGCGAAGAAACCGUCUGCAUUUAAGGCAACAGCUGCAGAAGCAGAGCUUGACAUGCUUCUUGAUUCAGUCACUGAGAUUGAAAUUUUUGAAUCCACUAAUGCAAUUGAUCAGUCUAGUCCUUCUUGCUCCGUGGCACAAGCAGGAACAUCAACUCCGUUAUCAGAAGGGACUUCAUCUAGGUCGGAGGACUCCAGCCAGCCCAAGAGAGACCAUGAUUUGGCUAAACCUGCAAUAUCAGAUCUCAGUCUGGAUGGUUCACUGGAUGACCUUCUCAGAGAAACAUCCACUGUAACUAACAAAAACGAUGGUUUGCCAUCUAAUGAGGUAAACUCCACUGCUGAUCAUACACCCUCUGCUUCUCAACCGGUCUCCAAGUCUAAAAUUAUGGCUGAUUUUGAUUCAUGGUUUGACACAUUGUAAGUUGUAACUGAACCUCAUCCUUUGGGAAAUUUUGCCGUGUACUCAAAUCACAGCACAAAAUGUCAAAUUCUGAUUUUCAGCACUUCUACAACUCGUAUUAAAAGUCCAAUUUGGUCAACUGAA